AUGGCCCAGCGCAUAGUCAUCGUUGGCUCUGGCUUCUCUGGCCUCUACAGCGCCCUCGCCGCCAGAAGACUCAUUGAGCAGCACAAGGAUCGGGUUGGAAGUGGCAUCGACGUCGUCAUGGUUGCUCCUGAGCCCAAGUUGGUCACUAGGCCUCGCCUCUACGAGGCCAACGCUGCUGGCAUGUCUGUCCCGUUGGGCGAACUUUUGACCGCCACGGGAGUCAAGUUUGUGCGAGGCAUCGUGGAUGCGAUUCGUACCGCCGACAAGCAGGUGGAGGUGGUCGAUCCCACUGGCGAGAGAAUGACUCUUUCGUAUGACCGCCUGGUGCUGGCGGCGGGCAGCCGAGUUGUGAAGCCCAAGAUUCCAGGUCUGCGUGAGCACGCUUUCAGUAUUGAUACUAUUGCUGAAGCGGCGGAGCUUGAGGCCCAUCUGAAGCGUCUGGCGUCACUGCCCUCGAGUUCCGCGAGAAACACCGUCGUUGUCUGUGGUGGAGGCUUCACGGGCAUUGAGUUGGCCGCGGAACUCCCUCGACGCUUACGGGCCAUACUAGGAAUGGGCGAGAAGGUGAGGGUCGUUGUCGUCGAGAAGACGGACGUCAUUGGCCCUGAUUUGGGACCUAAUCCUCGCCCAGUCAUUGCAAAGGCCCUGGCCGAUCUUGAGGUCGAGACCAAGCUGGGAAACGCCGUGGCCUCCAUCGACAAGGGAGGCGUGACGACGGCAUCUGGGGAGCGAAUCGACGCCAUGACCGUCGUCUGGACGGCUGGAGUCGAGGCCACGCCCCUGACGAGGCAGAUCCCGGGAGACAAGGACAGGCAGGGAAGACUGCUUGUCGACUCUGACCUUCGCGUGCCGUCAACCCCCGACGUCUUCGCCACCGGAGAUGCGGCGUGUGCCGAGACUGACGAUCAGGGCAACCAUACGCUCAUGUCGUGCCAGCACGCGAUGCCUUUGGGCCGAUCUGCUGGACACAACGCGGCGGCCGAUCUACUCGGCGUCCAGGGGCAGCCGUAUAGGCAGCCGUACUAUGGGACGUGUCUGGACCUGGGAAGCUGGGGCGCCGUUGUAUGUGACGGAUGGGAUCGAAAAGUGCUCAAGUCCGGGGGGCCUGCAAAAGAGAUCAAGGGGUGGAUCAACGGCUGGGUGAUCUAUCCUCCCAAGGCGAGCGCCGAGGAAGCAUUCGCGGCGGCUGAUCCUGCGCUGAACACGAUGUCGGUUCUUUGA